UAAAAAAAUCAAUUAAAUAUUUUCUUUACAGGGCUCAAGACACUACUCAUUUUAUAGAUGCCCGUGAAGUUGCACCCCGUAAAGCAACUGAAAAUAUGUUUGAAGGAAACGCUACAGCAGCUAAAAUUGGCCCUCUGUCUAUAGCUGUACCUGGUGAGUUAGCUGGAUAUGUUUCUGUUCAUGACGAAUUCGGAAAGCUACCGUGGGAAGAUCUUUUUCCUCCAACAAUAAAAAUGUGUGAAGAAGGCAUUACAGUCAACCGUCAUUUAGCCAGAGCAUUACGUAAAUACAGAGAAAAAAUACUAGACCGUGAGCAUAUAAGGAAUGUGUUUGCUAAUCCUGAAACUGGAGAUGUAUACAAAGAAGGAGAUGUAUACAAAAGAUUAGAUUUAGCAAAAACUCUAAGAAUUAUUUCUGAAGAAAAACGGAGUGCUCUUUAUGGACAGAGUAACAUAACGGAUACCUUCUUAACAGAUUUGGAAAAAGCAGGCAGCAUCAUCACAAGGAAGGACUUGGAAUCUUACAUACCAGAACUUAGAGAGCCAACAAAAAUAAAACUGCGUGGCAAUCUGACACUUUACUCCCCCUCUCUACCCGGGAGUGGAGCUUUAUUGUCACUCAUGUUGAAUGUGUUGGAUGGCUAUGAUGAGUUCCUUCCCAAUAUAACAUAUUCUAGAAAUGAAACAAUAUUAGCUCUUCACAGAAUCAUCGAAACUUUCAAGUUUGCUUAUGCCAGUCGAAUGCAUCUGGAAGAUAGCGAUUCCCCAGAAACGAAAGAGCUGAUAAAAAUGUUAAUGAGUAAAGAUUAUGCCGAUGAAGUAAGAGGAAAAAUAGAUGAUUACCAAACUCAUGAACCUGAUUAUUACGGAGUGAACAUAACUGUACAAGAUGAUCAUGGAACUGCGCAUUUAUCCUUGAUUGCACCAAAUGGCGAUGCAGUAUCAGUAACUUCAACUGUAAACCAAUAUUUUGGCAGUCUUAUCAUGAGUCCAAACACUGGAAUUCUUUUGAAUGAUGAAAUGGAUGACUUCUCAUCGCCAAACAUUACGAACUACUUCGGUGUUCCACCGACAGGAAAAAAUCAAAUUAAACCAGGUAAACGUCCCAUGUCAUCAAUGACGCCAGUAAUUAUCGUCGAUGGAGACAAAAAUGUGAAAUUGGCAGUUGGUGGCAAUGGAGGGACUCAAAUAACAACUAGUGUGGCACAAGUUAUUCUCAGGUACCUGUGGUUGAAUGAAACAAUAAAAGAAGCUAUUGAUGCUCCUCGAUUCCACCAUCAACUUCUGCCAAACUAUAUUGAACAUGAAGAAAACUUCCCACAAGAUAUUUUGGACGACAUGAAAAAGAAGGGACACGAAUUGAAAAAAUUAGGAGAAAAUAUGCUAGGCAUUAUAAUGGCUGUUGCUCGAGAUGAAAGUGGUCAAAUAUUUGCCAAUUCCGAUUAUAGGAAAGGUGGAGAAGUGGAUGGAUUUUAAACUGGUCUUUCAUUUUGCAUUCACAAGAUAUAGGCGAAUUUCCGUCCAUUUUGUACAGUUUCUGCAGCUAUGUAUAUAGAUUUUCAUGAUGGUAUGUUGUCAUGAUUUGUGUUGUGUGUGUAACUAUCAAUGAAGUGAUAUUGUUAUUAGGA